AUGGAUUGUGGCAUUGUCUCAUUCAACCCACAAUCUAUACUGCUUAAGCUAGAUUCAAGGGUCCCUGACUACCCUGAGUUGCAAAUAUAUGGAGAAGACUCCUUUUCACCACAAUCAAGCUGCAGUCUUGUUCAGGCAGAACUCAAUGCUAUAAGAGAGAGUGAGAUUGAGGGUUACUACCUUGCAAUCAAACACUGCAGCACUAAAAAUACACAUCAGCAGGUUCAAGUAGGAGGUAUACUCACUGUCAGAGAUGCAAAUAGAAAGAUCACGCAACAUAAAGAGGAGGAAGCAGAAAAAGAACAUUAUAAGGGAGUCAAACAUGUUGAGAGAGCUUUGAAGAAAAAUGCCACGGAUCCAACUCAACAAGAGUUAUUGAUUAUAUACAAUAGUAGUAGUAGUAGUAGUAGUAGUAGUAGUAGUAGUAGUAGUAGUAGUAGUAGUAGUAGUAAUUAA